UUAUUUAUUUAUUGACAUAACCUUGAUGAUAUAUGUAAUCAAAAUAGGAUACUGUUGACUUCCUAUCAACUGUAUAAUGUCAACAAAAGUCUUAUAUACAAAGGUAUUGAAAAGUAAAGAUGCACGAGUCAUUUGAUAACUUUCAGAAACAUGGAGAUGUAUGUGAUAUUAGCUGUUCUUGGUAUAUAUUUUUGUGGAGUACUUUCAAAAGACAUCAAUGUAAGGAUAGAGCCAGAGAUUGUUUACCUAGACACCGACGACUUGAUGAUUACAUGCGAGUACAAUUCACAGUCUGUCAAAACUCCUAGAUGGAUAACCAUCGUCAGGAACGGUUGGUAUGGAAAACAUGACAUGGUUACCAUAACUGAUGGGAAUCCACCUAGUAUUGGCUACUUCUUCAGUGGUAUGGAAUUUACUAACAGAAUGGAAGUAACCGGUAGUAUUAAAGAGAAAUUUGUAAAAGUAUCGAUGAAAACCGUGGAAUGUUUGGAUGAGGCCCAUUACGAGUGUACUGCUGGUGGAUUUAAUGCGCUGGGAGGUCUGGAAAGGUUUACAGAUUCAUAUUCCUUAGUUGUGAAUUCACAUGCACAGAGACCGAUUGUGAAAAUGAAUAACUUGAUUGUUCCUCCAAAGAUGGCAAUAGGUGUGGAAGAUGGUGAUGAGGUUAAAGUGGAAUGUGAUGCUCUGGUGGGGAAACCACCAAAACCUAUGUUCUGGUACCGGUAUAACAACAAUAAUGGUUCCUAUGUUAUUGAAAGAGAUAUGAUAACCAAAAUUGAACGCAGAUUGUUGGAGCGAGACCUUUGCAGAUGGUAUACAAAGUUUUCUAUAAGGUUCAUCGCCUCCUUAAGUACACCGGAAGUAAGACUUAGAUGUGCCGUAGGCAAUCAAGAGGAGGACGUCAUUAUAACAGUAUACCCAUCCAUGCGUCCAUAGAACAUUUCAAACAUUGUUACGUG